UCAAAAAUACCACCUUUUCACGUUCUACGGCAAUCCCGGCUCCUGCUCCCGAAUUGCUUGCUGCACCUGCAAAUAAUGUAAUGGGCUGCAACUUUUAGGUGGCCUGGUCACCAUGUGAAGAAGAUACAAGCGCUGUCGUGGGAGGCGUGCACUAGUCACCGGGUCUGCAAACGGCGAUCAGAAACACAGGCUCGCCUCGGUUUUAUUUCCAAAUCUCCCCGCACAAACACACACAGACUGGCCUCUGGGAAUGUUGACGUCAGCUGGAAAGAGGGAGUGUAUGUUCCGGUUCAGGAACUAGAAGGCGGAGGAAACUGUGAAGGAGACGGUAACAAAACACAAAUUAAAAGAGCGGAGGAGAUCAUGUAAAGUGGAAAGAAAGUCAAAGAAAGCGCAGUGCAAAAUUCAUCUCACCGAGAGCAACAGGAGGGAGAAGAGCAAAGCGAGCCUGUGGUUUUUAACUCGACUUAUUUAUGUUGACAUUAAUGUGUAUUUUAUUUCACUUUGCUCUCCGCUCUCCUUGCUUGUUCUGUUGCGGGAGGCGGGCGGACUGUGGAGCCUGAGGGCAGCGAGCCCGGAGCUUUCCAUCCGAGCAGCCCAGCCAGCGCUUUACACCGAGCCCACCUCCACUCCGGGACCAUGUUCAACUGCAUCCCUCUCUGGCGGUGCAACCGGCACGUCGAGGUGGUGGACAAACGACACUGCUCGCUCCUCGUCGUCCCCGACGAGAUCUAUCGUUACAGCCGCAGCCUGGAAGAGCUGCUACUCGAUGCCAACCAACUGCGGGAUUUGCCGAAACCAUUUUUCCAGCUCGUGAAGUUACGAAAACUUGGACUGAGCGACAACGAAAUCCAACGACUUCCUCCAGAAAUAGCAAACUUCAUGCUGUUAGUAGAGUUGGAUCUGUCCCGAAACGAUAUUAUGGAAAUUCCAGAAAGCAUCUCAUUUUGUAAAUCUUUACAAGUAGCAGACUUUAGUGGCAACCCCUUGACCAGGUUACCUGAAAGUUUUCCCGAAUUGCGAAAUUUGACUUGUCUCUCCCUGAAUGAUAUCUCGCUACAGGCCCUUCCAGAAAAUAUUGGAAAUCUUUUGAACCUGGCAUCGCUUGAGUUAAGAGAGAACCUGCUGACAUUGCUACCAGAAUCACUGUCUCUUCUCUGCAAACUGGAAGAAUUGGACCUGGGAAAUAAUGAACUAUAUCAUCUGCCAGAAAGUAUUGGAUCACUCUCAAACCUUAAGGAUUUAUGGUUGGAUGGGAACCAGUUGGUUGAGCUGCCUGUGGAAAUUGGAAACCUGAAGAACUUGGUGUGUUUAGAUGUGUCAGAAAACAAACUGGAGAAACUCCCUGAAGAGAUCAGUGGACUUGAUUUGCUCUCCGAUCUGUUUGUCUCACAGAAUCAAUUGGAAGUUAUGCCAGAUGGCACUGGAAAGCUAAAGCACCUUUCUAUCCUCAAACUUGAUCAAAAUCGUUUAGUUCACUUGACCAACACUAUUGGAGAAUGUGAAAAUCUUACAGAGCUCGUCCUCACUGAAAAUAAGCUGGAGGGUUUGCCGAGAAGCAUUGGAAAGUUGCGGAAGUUGACUAAUUUUAAUGUGGACAGAAAUAGGUUGAUUUCAAUUCCCAAAGAGAUUGGUGGCUGCUGCAGCCUUACUGUUUUCAGUCUCCGAGACAACAAAUUAACACAAAUCCCACCAGAAAUUUCACAGGCAACUGAGCUUCAUGUGCUGGACUUAGCUGGAAACAGGUUGACGAACUUGCCAUUAUCCUUGAUCAACUUGAAACUCAAGGCGCUUUGGUUGUCCGAGAACCAGUCGCAGCCGCUGCUAACUUUUCAGACCGAGAUCGAUUCAGGAACACGGGAGAAGGUUUUGACGUGCGUUUUGCUUCCCCAGCUGCCUCCCGAACAUAACAACCACGAUAAUUUGCCACGCUGUACUGCACUGCAGAGCCUGGUAAAUGAUGUCUCGGAUGAAAUGUGGAAUGAGCGUGCCAUGAACAGAGUCAGUGCAAUACGCUUCCUAGACGAUCCAGAUGAGGAUGAUGAUGAAGAAAAGGGAACACUUCUGCGGAGAGCAACUCCACACCCAGGGGAACUGAAGACCUUGAAAAAGACAGCAGAGAACCUGAGGAAUGAGUUGAAUGCUGCUAAAGAACUGGACUCCAACAAAAAUGAGGUCAAUAAUGCCACUGAAAGAUUAACCACCUCUGUAUAGAGUUUUACCUCUAGCUCUCACCUCGUGUGUCUUCCCGACUCUGUAAACAUUCAUGUCGACCCAUCCUUGGAACUGUUCCUCUAUGUUUGUGCAGGACUACACCAUGAAAAUUUAUUUUGUCUCUUCAUGUCAACAAGGUUUAAAUUAACUGCAGCCUGGAAGGAAGUGCGUUGUUUCUCACAGUGAUUGCACCAGUCAGUCCAAAAGCAUUCUGCACAAUUUUAUCGUGAUUUUCCAAAAAGAAUCAUUCUUUUUUUAUAUAUAUAGGUAGAUGCACUACUGUAUAGAAUUAGAAUUCCUUGCAUAUAAAUUUGUUAUACACAGGGUGAAUGCAUUUAAAAAAAAAAGUAUAUUUUUGGGGGUAUGUGGACCUGCUGAAAAAUAAUUGUACAGUUUUAUGUGAAAUUUGAUACUUUUUAUACGGUUUGGCAGCUUGGAUUGUGUAAAUUUUACAUUUUAUGUAUAGCGAGUUUAAUAAUGGUUAUGCCGGUUUAUGAAUAUCAUUGAGCUUACGGUACACAUUUUUAAUAGUGGUAGUAAUCGGUUCUUAAUUUCCUGAAUCAUGGACGAUCUCUCUUCAAUUACUAAGUUGUGCCAUUUUACCCCAGCCCGCCCCUCCCUUUGUUAUAAGAUGAAUCGCUUGUUAUGACGAGGUCACAGAGGUCGUGUGGUGGUCUUGUAAUUGAUAGGUACAGUGUUUUAAUGUGGAAAAGGGAUGGUACGGAAACACACUACACACGUUAGAACUGGCAGGUUUGUGUAGCUAUUAAGCCACGUCCUGCCUAAUAAAUGGAAUCUGCACCGAAAGAGUAUGGCGUGCUGAACAAUUUGCAAGGUUACCUUCUAAUCAGCGUAACUCCUGCCAAACUGCAUUUUCACUAAACUGGAAUCUGUCGACAAUUGUGAAUGGUUUUGUAAUGUGUGAAAUCUGUCUUUUUGGUUCUUCUUCUCACAUAUUGCACAAGAAGGUUUCUGAUUUGUCUUCGCAAUAAAUGAAGGCUCGUGCCGACCGUUCGUAACCACUGAUGAAUAAAAUUUGGCAUUGAUCCUUCAGGGGAGGAUGGUCACUUCUCAGUUUAAUUUAUUUUCUGCAGGUACUGGGAAAUCUCAUUGCUGUUGGGGUGACAGAUAGCUGUAAUCGUGACAUGUGGCCUCCACUGAGGUAUACUGUGGACAUUAAAGCUUGAGUGGUUUAUGAACAUUGCCAAACCGUGAUUGUUAUGGGUCUCAGGCACUCCUUGCUAACAGUGGAGAAUGUAUCCUGAGCAUUUUCACUUUACUAAUUAAAUUGCUGACUUUUUUUUGUUAACUAUGGUCUUGAGUCUCUCAAAUGUGGAGGAGCAUGUUUAAUACAUUCAUUAAGUGUCAAACCACUUGAUAAUACUUCUGGUUAAUAAACACCAACUUUAAG